AUGGCUCCUCUGAGUGACCUUGUUUUGAUCGCCGUUGUUUGUGCUGUUACUGUUUUCUUGUGUGUGUUGCUCGUGACGGUUCUAUGCCUGCGCUAUCGGCGGAAGAAUAUCCUACAUUCCAAUGAGGCCAGUUCCAAUCUAUACCCCCAGUCGCGUGGAAUAUUCCACACGACAUUUCCUUUCCCGUACGCGGGUGCAAGACAAUGGUCUGCCAUUGGCUCCAUAGAAGAUCUCCAUGGGCAAUUGUCCCCGGGGAUUCUGGAGCCGGCUCCCUGCCAUACUUCUGAGAGACGAGAUGCUCGCAUGUCGACGCUGUCGAUGCGUAAUACGCGUCGCCUCCAGAAGAAAUCAAGUAGGGACAUACCUCUCGAGUCUGUGGCAUCUCCGCGUUCGCAUUCAGGGCCCUUAGAUGUUGAAAACAUGGGUUCCUCUCCUCUCGCAAUCGCAGAGCUUCAAGCUGACUGCACUCCAAAGCGGAAACUACCUAUACAAGAUGGCAGCAUUACAAUUGAUAAGGAUGAGGGUGGUCGUAUCACUUCAUGGCCACUGACUACAAGAAAAGGGUCAUACUAUGACAUAACUGCAACAAUGCGAGGAGGCCCAUUCAUUAUUGAUCCCGAAUUAGCCAAAAGACGAUCUGAAGGGAUUCUGCACCAGGCCCCAGGCUCUCCUCCAAAACAGGAAGUUCCUCCAUUGCCGUUUUCCCGCCCACCUGGAAUACCUCACUUGACUAGGCACGAUUCGAUGCUCCUUUCAAACAAGAGUUUGGAUACUGCAGGGAGCUCAAUACUUGAUUAUCCAGCUGGGGAGAACUUAACUGAUUCGAUUGACUUAGAGACGCCCAGCAAACCCCCUCCUACGAUUCAUGAACGGUAUAUAUCGACUGAUGGGUGGUGGGUGCCAGCGUCCACAAGAAGCGGAUCGGUGUCGCGUAUCCCGCAAGCAUCGUCACCCCGUCGUUACAACUCUACGUCUGGUUCAUACAAGCAAAUUCAAGACCGCGGCUCUCCCAGGCGAAGCGCAUCCAUCCAUUACCCAGAGGAACGAUCAUCUUGUAUUUUGGGUGUCCAGACACCAACUAAAACCCGCCAACUAUACAUCCCUCCUCUCGGAAAAUCACGUUCUCUGACGAGUGGGUCAUGGAUUCCAAGUAAUAUCCGCAAUCAAAAAAGUCAGCUGCUUGUUGCACAUGAGCUAAACACAUCUUCCAGCCUUGAAAGUGACCAGCCAGAAGACAGUUCGUGUAAAUCUACGCCUCGAGCGAAAACCAUUACUCCAGUCCGCCAAGAUAAGAAGUCUCCUGAACUCCCAUCAACCAUUGGAAAUUCGCACAACCCUUUUGAUAAUGACGAAGAUGACAUUUCUGACGAUGGCGGCGGGGAACCAACACCUACUCCUAUCGAACGAGGCUCAACAACAAGUCUAUCGAUAACAUGUCCAUCCAGCGUGCCAAAAUUCUCUCCAGUUCCCGUCCAUGAAAGACCAAACAUUCCCCGUCGUUCAUCGCUGCGCCGAAACUCAUCGACUGGCCUACGAUCCAAACAUGAAGCUCAGUCCCAACCCCAGCGCUCCGCAUCAAUAGCCUCGACUAUUACCAUUCUUGCAAGUGAGCCCUACGCAUCGACUCCAUCAAUAACAACGCCGACAAAUACUGUUUCUGGCUUCCCCAGCCCAGAAAGUUACGGAAACAUCAUCGCGAAAAUGGAUUACGAGGCGAGGAACCUCAAUAACGGCGAUCGCCCCGCAAGAAAUGCCUUUGCUCUCCCCGAAAACUCCGCGCUGAUAGAACAAGAAACAGGAGUGUCUGCGAGAAAAGCGAAGCCCCUACCGAUCCUUCCUAUGCCCAAAUGUCCAACCGCUUUCCCGCUCACGCCCCCAGAAAUUCAGAGCAGCACUCACAACCAUACAAUCAGCGUCUAA